AUGCAGUGCUACGAAAAAUCUGCUUAUGAAGAACUCAUAGAAGAGCUAAAAAAUGAGAUUCCUUUUUUUAAGAAAUACAAUGAAGAUUUCUUUUAUAAAAAUAAAAAAUUUAAAGACUUAAGUAAACGAGAGAAUCAUCAUUUUGAUAAUAUUUAUAAAUUAUAUGAAGAAAAAAAAAAUAUAACAGAUUACUGUAAUUUAUUAGUUGAAGAAAUGGAUAAUAAUUUUAAAAUUAUAGAAAAUAAUAAAUCUAUUCAUAACAUAUGUAAUUAUUUUUUACAAAAUUUAGAUGAAAAUGUUACAAAUAAUUAUUAUGAUUUUAUAAAUUUAAAUUAUGUCUCUUCUAAAAAUAUAAGAGAUACUAUGAUAACGUAUCUAAAAAAUAAUACCUCACAAAAUAUGCCUAAUAAGGACACCAAUCAUAAUAAAAAAAAAAUGACAAAAAAAAAGAUCAGCAAUAAGGCUAAUAAUAAUGGUAAUAAUAUUAGUAAUAAUCAUAUUAAUAAUCACAAUAGUAAUAUUUAUAUCUGUAAACACAACAAGUCUUCAUAUUAUAAUUAUACUGUCGAACGUGUAUCAAAAAUGUAUAACAAAAGAAAAAAAAGUUACUUAUACAAGAAAUACAUUACAAAUCGGACGAGCGAAAAAAUACAUAUAAAAAUUAAAAAGGGAAAAAAUUAUAUUCGCAAAGAAUUAAAAAAUAUUCAUAAGACCAAACAUAAUAUGAAACUACACAUAAAUAAUAAUAAAAAAAAAAAGAUACUCGAAAAAAAAAAACAUUCUUUUGAAGAAGAAAUUAAAAAUAAGGAAGAUUUAGGAUUUUCUGAUAUUUCUUUUAUACCUUUCAUAAAUGAUAAUUUUCAUAUUAAUUAUGGAGCUAUUAUGGAAAAUGCAAAUAGUCAACUUUUUAAAAAUGUAUAUAUAAUUGAUAAUAUAAAAAAAAACGAACCAUUUCAAACAUCUUUUAACCUUAAAUCAUUACAAAAUCAUUCCUAUCAACAAAAUAAAAAAAAUAAUAAUUUUAUAUAUACAAAUCUAGAAAAUCAAAAUGAUAUUCAUACAAAUGUUAAUAAUAAUUAUUUACAAGAAUAUAAUUCUUCUAUUAAUCUAACGUCACAUGAAAAUUUUAAAAUAAAUACUUCAGCUAGCUAUAAUAGAUUAAUCAUAUUAGAUGACCAGUCAGGUAAAAAAAAACUUUUAGAAAAUGUGAGAAAAAAUUCGCUAGUUAAAGGAUGGAUAUAUAAAUUGGAUUUUGAAAAUAAAUGUUUUUUUAUUAAAAUAUAUUCAAUAAAAAAUGAUAAAUAUGACGAUGAAAAAGUACAAUUUAUUAAAACAGAUAACGAAAAAAAUGAUAAUUUUAUAUAUGCAUGUUUACCAUUUGAAUUUAUAAAUAAAUAUGAAUUUCUUCAAUGUUUAAAUAUAAAUGGACUAUCUACACAAAACUUUCAACAUCUUAUAGGUACAAAUAUAUGUGCCCAUAUAUUUCAUGAUUCGGAUUAUAUAAAUACACAUUUUAAGAAUAUUCUGAACAAUUUUUAUGUUCAUUUUUUUAUUACAUUCAAUUCAAAAUAUUAUUAUAAAAAUGAAAAGGUUGGGUUUCUAUCAAAUAUGUUGUCCAACAAUUUAAUAGUUUCCCACAAAAAUGAUCAAAAUGAUGAUGAUAAUAAUGAUGAUAAUAAGGAUGAUAAUUAUAAUAAUAAUAAUAAUUAUUAUAAUAUGGUUAACCUUUUCGAUCAUUUAUUAAAUAAUUUUAAAUCAUUGCUAUAUUCAUCGAAAAAAUUUUUGAAUAUAACAAAUCUCAAUUAUAAAAAAGAAUUCCUUCAAUUACAUCAUUCAAAUAUCUCGUCACAUAUACAUUUCCAUUGCAGAAAUAUGUCCUAUCAACCAUAUAUAGGUAAUAUAAUUACACUAAAGCAAAAUCUUAUAUGGGCUAACGAAAAAUUUCUUGAGGCAUUUAAAAUUUAUAGAAACAAUAGUAAAUAUUUUGUUUUCCUAAAAAAUUUCUUUAAUUUUGAUUUCUCAUAUAUUCACAAUGGAAAAUAUGUAUAUGUCUAUGAGCAGAACAAUUUUGUAAUUGAAUAUGAUAAAUCGAAUCAUAACAUGUUGAAGAAUAUCAAAAAAUGUCAAAACAAACUUGAUACACAUAAUGACAAUUUAACACAUAAUGAAUAUAAUAACUCCUCUAAAGGGACCUACAGCAGUAAAAUCAAAAAAGAAAGAGUAGAUGAACAAUCCUGUUCAUCAAAUACAGAUACUUCCAUAAAUCCAAAGAAAAAAAAAAAAAAAAAAAUCGAUAAAAAUUAUAUUAACUAUUAUCAAAAAUUAAACCAUAAAGAAAAAUAUAUUUUUAAAAAUGUUAUCUUUCUAAAUCCAAAUUUGUACAAAAGUAAAUGGAUAUAUGAUUUCCUUAAUUGCAUUAAAUUAACUAUCAAUUUAAAUGAUCAACAUGUACUAGCCAAUUUUCUACUGAGCUUGGUACUCUUAGAAUUGAGUUGUUAUUCGGAAUCAUUCCUUUUCUUACACAGAAUUUUUAAAAUUAAAAAAGCAUUCCUUGAAAGUUAUAAAUUAAAAAAAAUUAUCUUUAGUGUUUUCAUAAAACAAUUAAAAAAGUAUGUCAAAGGAAAUGUAUUAUGGAAUGUUAUAAUUAAUUUUCAAAAAUAUGAUUUGUUUAACAUGACAGAGCAAAAUUCGGAAGAAUAUUGCACAAAUAUAUUUAAAAGAAAUGUAAAUAUAAUUAAUACUUUUGAAAAUAUGUGA